AAAUCUCGCGCGCCUCGUCAAUCGUUCUGACAGCUAAAAAGAGAACCGCACCAAAACAACGCUCACUUGGUUCGCGCAAGCGUUUAUCUCUUUGUUUUUGUACGCAUUUUUCCGGAAUAAUAUUCCCGCGGUGCCCGGAAAUAACGGUAAAUUCGAACGCCGCGCCGGAAAUGGCACCAACGAGACAGCCGCAGCAACAUCACACCGUGAGCACGAUGUUUCAACUGAGCACCAACUACGAGGAGCUGAAUGUAAUUGGCACAGGAGCAUAUGGCACCGUCUACAAGGCACGUGACCUUAGCAAUGAAGGCAACAUUGUGGCCCUGAAGAAGGUUCGGGUGGCCUUGACCGAGGAUGGAGUGCCAAUGUCGACGCUGAGAGAGAUCGCCUUGCUGAAGCAGCUCGACGCCUUCCAGCAUCCGAAUGUUGUCAAAUUGCUGGACGUUUGCCACGGACCUCGUCUGGAGCGCGAAGGGCAGCUGGUUCUGUUUCUGGUGUUUGAGCAUCUUGAGCAGGAUUUGGAUGACUAUAUUAAACGGCUUCCUCCCGGUGGAAUGCCCCGGAUGACCAUUCAACGUUUGUCCCGCGAGCUUCUCACCGGAGUCGAUUUCCUGCACUCGCAUCGAAUCAUCCAUCGUGACUUGAAACCGCAGAAUCUCCUCAUCUCGGCUCAGGGUCAGCUCAAGUUGGCCGAUUUCGGACUGGCCAAAACGUACGAUUUCGAGAUGAAGCUGACAACCGUGGUGGUAACGCUGUGGUAUCGCGCUCCGGAAGUGCUACUCGGUGAGCCCUACCACAGUUCGGUCGAUAUCUGGAGUUCGGGCUGCAUCAUUGCGGAAAUGUUUCAACGGGUUGCGUUGUUUCCGGGCACGUCGGAAGGCAACCAGUUGGAGAAAAUAUUCGAAUUAACGGGAAGACCUUCGGAGAGCCAGUGGCCACGGGGCAUUUCGGUGGCGCGGGAAAAUUUUCGACCGACCCAGCAGCGAGAGCCACGCCAGAUGUGCCCGAAGCUGUGCGAUUUCUCCAACGAUCUGCUCAAGAAAAUGCUGGCCUUCAACCCGCGGGAGAGACCGUCCGCGCUGCAGUGUCUUCAGCAUCCCUACUUCACACAGGAACCGAUGUGAUGCAAACUAGUAGGCAACCAAUCGAAUUCGACUCGAUUGCAUACGCUACGGUAGAUCUAGCAACUAAGAAGUGGUGGUACAAAUCAGAACUGCCAUAAACGUAACCGAAACUAGAGAGUUAAGUAACAAUGCACAGAUUUCAGACUUUCAGCGAAAUUGAGAGGUUUCAUACACACGAAAAUGAGUGAUUUCUCCUAAUGGAUCUCGGGAGGGACACAUUUAGGGUAAGAUUGAACAAUGGCCUUGAAUCACGGUUAAACUUUUUUUUUCUAUAGCAUUUAGUUGAUUUAUUACAGUUGAAAAUUGUGAGUGAAAUAAUAAUUUUGUACGAACCAA